AUGAAGCGCAAAGCUGAACCGCAGCUGCAGCAGAAGCAGUCGAUCUUCGUCGCCGUGAAAAAGCAGCUCCGGUCCAAGCUUCCUCACCGGCGACGCCGUUUUCACAUCUCUCCAGUUCUCCAUUCUUCUUCGGACUUUGCGACCGAAGAGCUCUCCUGCGAGGUCGAUUCCAGCAGAGCCUCGGUACUGAGCAUUAAUCAGCUGCCGGAGUUUCGAAGAGUUUAUGGAAAAGAGGAAAGCGACAGAGGAGGAUAUGGUGACGUGGAAGUUUCGGAGAGUUCGUGUGUUGAGUCGUGUUCCGGAGCUGUUUCUGGAAAAUUUGUUGAGAAGAAACUGAAGAGAAAUGAGGAAGUAUCUGAGAAGUUUGCUAAGAACCAGGUCGUUUCGGAGCUCAAGAGUGGAGUUAAUGAGGAUUCCGAAACAGGGAAUAAAUCUGAGAUUUCUGCUGUUUGGUCGUUCUCCGGUGAAAAUUUAAAACUUAGAGACGUGAAAGUGAUUGAAACUAUCUCGAACGACGUCGUUUCAGUUCGUUUAGAAUCGGAGAAAACUGUGCAGAAAUAUGAGAGCGGAGAGGAAGAGUUUGAGCGAGAAUCAGGUGCGCAAAGUAAAAAGCAGCUUUCUCCAAGCGACUUCGAUUUUACUUGUUCCGAGGAUUUUGAAAACGGCUGCGUUUCCGAGCAGGAAGACUACUCGUCGUCGUACUCUGAGUUGCAGUCGGAGAUUUUCCCCGAGAGUUGUUCGGAUUUUGAUUUCUCCGACUACUCGCCGUCGAUUUGGUAUGAUGAUUCCGGCAGCCAGUUCUCCGAGAAGUCAAUGAACGAUGAGAGUCCUUCGCCAACUUUUCAACUCUUCAUCCAAUUUUCUCAACAGUUCUGCAGAUCGAACUUCCCUUUCGAGACUAAUUCUGAUCAUAAUGACUCUCAUGAUUUCACCGUGUUGGGGUUGGAAGAAGAAGAAGAUGAAGAGAGCUACAGGAUGAUUAGGAAAAGAGAGAGAAGGCAAGUAUAUCUACACGACUACGCCGAGGAAUACUGCUCCACCACCAACUACGGCGACCUUAUCAUUCAGCAGCGGUUAGAGAUGGUCCAUUGGAUCGUUGAGCAAUCAACAAUUAAGGAGCUCCAGAGAGAGACCAUGUUUCUCGGGGUGAGCCUGUUGGAUCGCUUUUUAAGCAAAGGUUACUUCAAAACCAAGAGGAAUCUUCAGAUUGCUGGAAUUGCCUGUCUCACCUUGGCAACAAGGAUCGAAGAAAACCAGCCACUCAACAGUGUACGGCAGAAGACGUUCUACAUUGCAAGCAACGCAUACAGCAGAAGCGAAGUGGUGGCUAUGGAGUGGCUGGUACAGGAAGUACUGAAGUUCCAGUGUUACCUGCCGUCUAUGUACAACUUCUUAUGGUUUUAUCUGAAAGCUGCAAGAGCAAAUGAGAAGGUGGAGAAGACUGUGAAGUACCUGGCUGUGCUAGCAUUGCUAGGCCAUGAACAACUCUGCUAUUGGCCCUCCACUGUGGCGGCUGGGCUAGUCAUUCUUGCCUGUGUAGCAGAAAAUCAAGAAGCAUCUUGUUUCGGUGUCACAGAGACUCAUGCUCAAAUAAAGGAUGAUCAUCUCCCUGAAUGCUUAAAGAGCUUGGCAUGGUUGGUGAAGUACAUAACCUAGUUACCUGUUCCUCAUACCCAUAC